CUCUAAUGCUCAUUUCAAAAGAAGUAUCCCGGGCUCUAGUGUGAGUGCUGCUCUUCAUUUGUGUAUCGUUUUUCGUGUGAUUAUCGCGCGUAGUCGAGAAUCAAAAGUCGAAUUUUGUUCAUAAUGAUACAUAGUUGCGCAGUGCCUUAUUGAAGAUACGAAAUGAAAAUACUUUCAGACUUUUUGAGUUUUUUGUGAUUUGAACAGUCAUCUUUACGAUAAAAAAUCAUAUUGCAGUAAAAAAAAUCAAGAGCGUGUCACUCUGUGACGUCGCGACAAGGUCGCAGCCGCGCCGGCUGCCAAAAAUUUAGCUGAGCUAAAGUGUAGUUCCUCUGGUAUACAUUAGCCAUGCCAACUCUGGGUAAAGUACCUUUGCUGCUGCUUUUGUUUCUCUUUCUGGGACGUGGAACGAGAUGCGCGAGCCUCGCUACAGCUGACCCAUCGCCACGAAAUGCCAACAAUGACGACCAAAACGCAGACACUGACGAUCUCAAGGACGAUGACGAAGACUGGAGGGUAAACACGAUGAUAUACCACAUACUGCCACGAACUUUUCAAGAUAGUGACGGCAAUGGCGUUGGUGAUUUGCAAGGCAUAAUCAGUCGUUUGAAUUAUCUCAAUGAAAUCGGAGUGGAUACUAUUCGCUUAGGACCUGUACAUACGUCUUCCCUUGCUGAUUCUGAAGGCGAUGUAUCAAAUCAUACCGAUAUUGAUCCAGUUUUAGGAGAUUUCAAUGAUUUUGAGGAACUCAUUCACGAUGCUCAUAAUAGAAACAUAAAAGUUAUUUUGGAUAUUAUACCAAAUCAUUCUAGUACUAAGCAUCCAUGGUUUCAAUCUUCUUCCAACGACGAAAACUCUUUUGAAGAUUUUUAUCUAUGGGCUGAUGGAAAAAUUAAAGAUAAUGUCAUAUAUCCCCCAAAUAACUGGAAAAAUGCCUACAGUGAUAUUGAAGGUUCUGCUUGGACCUUUAAUAUGGACAAAAGAAGGUGGUAUUACCACAGAUUUCAUGAAAAUGAACCCGAUCUCAAUUUAAGAAGUGAAGAUGUUAUACAAGCUAUAUUUGACGUUUUUGAUUUCUGGCUUGAAAAAGGCGUUGAUGGAUUCUGCAUUCAUGGUGCAUCAUAUUUAGUAGAACAUGAAAAUUUGUUGGACGAACUUAAUCACGAAGAAGAUAUUGAUGGCGAUGGAAUUAAAAAUGAAGAAGACGAUGACGACGACGGCGAUGGAAUAAAAGAUAGUGAAGACUCGGAUGCGGACGGGGACGGUAAAAAAGACGAUGACGACGAUGAUAUUGACAAUGAUGGACUAAAGAAUGACGUUGACGACGACGAUGACGGUGAUGGAAUAAAGGACGAUGUUGACGAAGAUGCGGAUGGCGACGGUAAAAUAGACGACGAUAUUGAUGGAGAUGGUAUUAAAAAUAGUGAAGAUGAUGACGAUGAUGGGGACGGAAUUAAAGAUGAACAUGAUGAUGACGAUGAUAACGACGGUCUAAAGGACGACGAAGAAGAUGACAUUGACAAUGAUGGUAUAAAAGAUCAUCUCGACGAUGAUAAGGAUGGUGAUGGAAUAAAAAAUAGCGAAGACGAUGAUGCUGACGGAGAUGGAAGAAAGGACGAUGAUAUCGAUGGCGACGGCAUCAAAAAUAUUGAUGAUGACGACGAUGAUGGUGAUGGCGUGAAAGACAUUGUUGACGAGGAUAGAGACGGUGAUGGUAUAAAAAAUAGCGAAGACGACGAUGCAGAUGGUGACGGCCGGAAAGAUGAUGAUCUUGACGGAGAUGGAAUUAAGAAUGAUCAAGAUGACGACGAUGACGGAGACGGAAUAAAAGACGAAGUUGAUGACGAUGACGAUGGCGACGGUAGGAAAGACGAUGACAUUGACGGUGAUGGUAUUAAAAAUAGUGAAGAUGACGAUAACGACGGAGAUGGAAUCAAAGAUGAUGUUGAUGACGACGAUGAUAAUGACGGUCUCAAAGAUGACGUUGAUGACGACGAUGACGGCGAUGGUAAAGUCGAUGGCGCAGAAAAUACUGGCAACGAAGAUGAAGACGACGAUUCUCACGAACACACAGUUGGCUUGUCAGACAACGCCGCGGUACUGCAACGCUUCCGUCAACAUAUCGAUCAAUGGGCCAAAGAUAACAACCAAGAACCUAAAUUAUUACUUGCUGAAGUCAACGAAAAUGAUGACAACAUUCAUCUUUAUUACGGAAAUGAUACUGAUCCUGGAAUAGCACCGUUGAAUUUGAUAUUCAUAACUAAAUUAAAUAAAAAUAGUACUGCAGAAGACAUAAAAAAAGUCAUUGAUGAAUGGAUGGAUCGUUUACCAGAAGGCGCCACGACAAAUUGGAUGCUUUCAAGUGACGAUUAUUCGAGAGCUUCUUCUCGUUUGAAUCCAGAACUUUUGGAUGGUCUUUACAUGUUGACUUUGCUUCUUCCCGGUCAAGCAGUAACUUACUAUGGCGAAGAAAUCGGAAUGGUCAACGGAGAUGAAAUACUGAAUCAUAAUAGGUAUAAAACUCCUAUGCAGUGGGAUGAUUCUAUUUCUGCUGGAUUUUCUAGCAAUGAAACUACAUUCCUUGAGGUCAACGCCGAUUAUAAGGAAGUCAAUGUUAAAAAGCAGUUGGACGAUCCCGAUAGCAAUUUGGAGGCUUACAAAAAAUUAGCUAUACUACGAGAAAAUCCAAUUUUUCUUCAUGGAGAUUAUGAAUUAUCCACGGUCGAAAAUACAAACAUACUAAUUUUAAAAAGAUCACUUGAUAAUGACACGUGUCUUACUAUUAUAAACUUUGGAUCUGCAAAAGCGACUGUCAACCUGACAGAACUUUACCCGAACUUGGAAGAAGAUUUACAAGUUAUGCUCGAUUCAAGCAAUGCCGAUGUUGAAAAUGUAAAUGACGACGAUAAUGACGAUGAUAUUGAAAAUGACGCGUUUACAUUGGACGGAAAUGCAGCAGCAGUUUUGUGUGACAAAGACGAUUUUAAAGAAACUACUGAAACAACAACAAUUGAUGACGUUGAAGAUUCUAUAUCAACAACAUUAACCAAUGAAAUGGACGUGGAACCAGUUACUACAGAGACAGAAACAACAACGAUUAGUUUUGCUUAUAAACAGGAAUUACCUCCACUUUGGGCAUCAAUUUUCCUUUCUUCGAUAUUAUUGAUGCAAAAUUUAUGAAAAAAAAUCGGGUGAAAGUUAUUCGAAAAUUUUUUCGCGAACCUUUGUACAGUGAGUACGGAUUUUUGAAUAUCAUAAAUUUUGAUACGCAUUAAUACGUAAUUUUUUACGUAAUUUAUGUUAUAGUUAAAAGAUAGAACAAAAAAGUUUCACUGUUAUAGUUAGUGUGAAGAUGAUCAAAUGAUGCAAUAGAAUGUUUACUUAAUAUUUUUUUAAUUUUUGAGAGAAUACCAAAGAUAGGGUAAAAGUUUAUAAUAUCAAAUACAUUUUCUAAGAUUCCUUUUAAUUGUUUUUUCAAAAAUGUAUGUUCGUUUAAUGGAAAAUUUGUUCAAAUAAUGGUAUUUGAAAGUUUUUUUACUCUGGCUCUAGUCUCUCUACAAAUCCAAAUAUCAUCAAGAUCUGCUCACACGAACACAUUCUACAAUAUUUCAUAAGUUUUAUAAUAAUAAUUUCGUAAUGCAGUAAAAUUCACUCUCAAUUGAGUAGAUCUGUGAUGCUUAUAAGAAAUUAUUAGCAUCCCUCAAUUGAAAGUGACUCGUAACAUAUUCGAAACUAUUGCAUAUCCCUAGAUGCGAUAGACAAAGUUUGUCUCUUAGGCAUUAUAGAAAUCACGCAAUACGUCAACUUAUAGCAAUAACACGCGUGGUAAUUCACACGAUAUAAAUCUCAUAAUACAAAGUUUAUUAUCUCUAUCGAGAGUAGCCACUGGCUGGCCGUCCAUAACCCGUCAGUACGUAAAACGACAUCGUUUCGUCAAAGCGUCGUCGACACAAUGCAAAUAAAUAACAAUUUUAAAAAUAUUAGUUAAAAUUAGUGUAAAUAUUGGCUUUUGCCGAGAUAGAUCGUAAAGAAAUUGAAUCAAAUGGUGAAAAAAAUGGUACCGAAAGAAAAUACGUAUUUGCUCGCUCAGGAACGCAUUAUAAGUGAAAAAAAUGUUCAAAACACACAUUUUGUUGGGAAGCGUUUGAAAGGUAUUUGUUGAUCAUAAUAAAUCUGUGAUUACGUUAAUGUUUGCUUACGCUAUGAUUUACAAUAAUUUCAGUAUCUACUUAUUUGAAGCUUGUUGUCUAAUUUAAAUCACGAGUCCACAAAUUUUAAUCAUAUAAUAGAUGAUAAAGUAUUGUCAGCUGAUUCACUUUUCAAUGAAUUGAAUCUGCGACACUUUAUCUCGUGUGUCAAUAAAUAAUCAAUUAGAUAAUAACAUUUAAAUAUGUAGUUGAACUAUACCUCAGUGGAAUGCGAAUAAAUAUUAAAUAUUUUUAAUAUGAGUUUAGUUUAAAAAGACUAAAUAUACUAUGUUACACGUAUAUUUUUUUGUUUUAGAAAUGACAAAAGAAGAACUAGCUUACUAUACAGCGGAUCCUUUGUGUAUGAACUUGCGGCUGUGUAUAUUUUGGUUUUUUUGGUCAAUGUUCAUCGUCGUGCUAAUAAUAGCAGUGUAUGCAUAUUUUUUUGAUGCGCCCACUUUUUUUUUCUAGUUAAAUUCAAAAAUAAUGUUACCAAUGAAAGUGUUAUAAAUCCGAUUUAAGAACUAUGUAAUAUAUAGUAAGUAUACGUAAUAUACUUAGCAACCAGUUUGUUCCAACCUCGCAAAAAAUCAAAGAGCUACUUUUUUCUUCUUUUGGGCUAAUGUUUAUGUUUGAUAAAGCGAAGAGAACAUCCAUUUUAUCUGUGCGAAUGAUAAAUGCGAUAAAAUCCACUUGGGAUGAAUUCACAAGUAAAUAUCAGAUCAAGGAAUUUUACCGAUGAUAAAUGCCGAUUGCAAUCUAUAAGACUGUUGUAGAAAAUAAGCUCUUAAAUAAUAAUUCUAACGAUUAAUAAUAAUAAUAAUAAUAAUAAUAAUAAUAGUGAAUAACAAUAGUAUUCGAAACAAUUAAAGAUUUUAAAUUAAUAGAAAUAAGCCUACUGAUCAUGCAAUAUUAUGUAAUUAUUACUGCUCCAAAAACAUUUUCUUCGAAAAAUAUGAAAACUGUAAAAAGUAUCAUAGAUAUUCAAGUUUUGUUUUGCAUGUGCUAUACCAAAUUAGCACUCGACACAGAUCAGAUUUCGACAUUAUAGUAUAAUUAAAUAGCGUCUUAUUUUAAUAUGCGUUUAUGGGUUGUAACGUGUAUACGCACAUAAUAAAAUUAAAUAAAA